AGCAAUGAAUUCCGUUUACGUAAGUGCAGAGAAUGGAAGACCAAGAAAUUUCAAACUUAUCCAUCCUCUCAGCUUGCAGUAAAUGCCAACAGAAAUUUCGGGUUGCAAUAAAUUUUUCACCGUGGUUUGGGUUUUGUAUUGAAGCCAAAAGGAGGACCUACCCACCUCGCAACUGCUCGUGUUAUGAGCUCAUUUAAGGCAGGCUUCUACCUCACAGCUAGAGCUCUCAGCUGUCCCAAUUCUUGGUUUCUCCGAUUCAUUUCUCGCAAAGGUCUCGCCUUUAUAUACUCCCAGCGUCGCCUAUACUCUUCUGCUCAAAAGAGUACCAUAUAUAUGGAUCUGGUUAAAGAAGUAGCCAGCAAAGGGCCUGAUUCCUUUGGGAGUAUUGCCAUAAAGGCAGAUCAAAAGUGCUGCACUUACCUUCAACUGAUCUCGUGUGCUAAGGGGAUAUGCAGUCUGUUAAGCAAUCUUGAUCUAAAAACUGAGGAUAACAUAAGGCAGAAUAAUGAUCUUGGUGGGGCGAGGGUUGGAAUUGUAGCCAAACCCUGUCCGGAGUUUGUUGCUGCAAUUCUCGGGAUUUGGCUUAGUGGAGGUGUUGCAGUCCCUCUAGCUCUGAGCUACCCAGAAGCUGAGAUCUUGCAUGUGAUGAACGAUUCGGAUAUCUCUAUGAUUUUGAGCACUGAAGAUCACCAAGAACUUAUGAAAAACGUCGCUGCUAAAACUGGCGCUCAGUUAUCUCUCCUUCCUACCAUUCCCCUACCAUCUGAUGAUGGAAAGUCAUUGCAAAUUGAAUUCUCUCACAAUGUAAAAGGUGAGGAUCCAGCACUGAUAUUGUACACCAGUGGGACAACGGGGCGGCCAAAAGGAGUCGUCCACACACACAAGAGCAUCCUAGCACAGGUCCAAAUGCUAAAAGACGCAUGGGGAUACUCAUCCGAAGAUCACUUCCUGCAUUGUCUACCCCUACAUCAUGUUCAUGGGCUUUUCAAUGCUUUAUUUGCCCCUCUCUAUGCAGGCUCCAAGGUGGAGUUUAUUCCAAAAUUCAGCGUGAGGGGAAUUUGGCAGAGAUGGCGUGAAUCGUAUCCAGAAGAUGGGACUAAAACCGAUGAUGCCAUAACUGUAUUCACUGGUGUUCCUACGAUGUAUACGCGACUGAUACAAGGCUAUGAAGCUAUGGACCCGGAAUUACAGUCUACUUCUAGUUCAGCAGCAAAGAAUUUGCGUCUUAUGAUGUGUGGCUCGUCUGCACUUCCACUUCCCAUCAUGCAACGGUGGGAAACUAUCACGGGGCACACCUUAUUAGAAAGAUAUGGCAUGACCGAGUUUGUCAUGGCAAUUUCCAAUCCCCUACGAGGUAAACGCAAAGGAGGUACUGUUGGCAAGCCAUUUCCAGGUGUGCAGGCCAAGAUCCUUUCAGAAGACGGGAGUGUUGAUGAUACAACCGGGGUGGGGGAGCUCUGCAUAAAAAGCCCUUCUUUGUUUAAAGGCUAUUGGAAGCUUCCUGAGGUAACCAAAGAUUCGUUUACUAAUGAUGGAUUUUUCAAGACGGGAGAUGCUGUAAGAGUGGAUGAAGAUGGAUACUUCAUCAUUUUGGGCCGUACAAAUGCAGAUAUAAUGAAGGUUGGCGGGUAUAAGCUCUCUGCACUGGAGAUUGAAGCAAUUCUUCUCGAGCAUCCAGCUAUCUCAGAGUGCUGUGUGCUCGGCCUACCUGAUAAAGACUACGGGGAGGCUGUGUGUGCAAUAGUUGUGCCUGAGGCAGAGCUCAAACAGAAGUGCGAGCUAGAAUCAAGGUCUGUCCUGACCUUGCAAGAACUCUCAGCUUGGGCUAAGGAAAAACUCGCCCCAUACAAGAUACCAACUGCUCUCUAUCUGUGGGAUUCACUGCCUCGUAAUGCCAUGGGAAAGGUGAACAAGAAAGAGCUGAAGAAAACUUUGGCUGAUGAUGGGAUGAAGAACAACUGAAUGAUGGAUUAAGUACAAAUGGAGCUCUUGAAAGAAGCCUUAUGCACUCACUUGAAAUUAAAGUAAAACACAAAAAACUCGGGCGAGUCCGUCUCGUAUGAGACGGAUUUUAAAUAUGUAACAUUUUUUAGUGAAAAUGUAAUAAUUUUUUUGUAUUAAUAAAUAUUACAUUUUUACUAAAAAAUAUUACUUUUCAAUGAAAAUAUAAUACUCGCUGAUGUAUUACAUUUUCGCUGAAAAGUGUUAUUCACUGUGGAAGCAUUUCAUGUAUUGGGAACUUGGAAUAUGAUGUUUUGAGUACAACUGUACAAGGCUUGGAUUAGAUGUAAGCAUUUCAAAGGUAGGGGCCUAGUCUGUUAUUGUAUAUUUAGAUAAUCAUCAUUUGUGUCUAGAGCUCCUCAUUUUUUUCUUGAA